CUACCAACUCCCAGGAAUGGCCAGUGCUGACAGUGUUGAUAACGAGUUUCGAGAAACGUCGCCAGAAAUGAACCUUAGAAACUUUUUAUGAAACGGUGUAAAAACAAACAAACAAAAAAUACUCUGAGAUCACACACAAAACAGAUUAACAACGCUUCUUAAAUAAGACACUUAAAGUCCCAUUUAUAAGAGUGGGUCUUAAGUUAGCAGGGGUGUAGCGUCUUUUAUACGCACAUUACGCCCGUGCGUACAGCUGAAAUCUGGAAAUGUAUAUUUUUUAUUUCCAGAAAGCAUUAUUAUCAUAAAAUCGGAAUGAUUGAUAAAUCUUUCGCAUUAUAUUGGUGUCUUUACCCGUCUGAAGGUUAGACAUAUCUCGCCCUUUUGCUUGAAACCUCCUUGAUGGCGUCGCUGUUUUAAUUUUUUUCCCGUAAACAUUCAGCACUUUACCGAUAACACGUUUUAAGAGAAAAAAAAAUUAAACAACCAAUAUUUGCAUUUUCCUUUGUAUUUAUUUAUUAACUGAAAAUACCCUGUGGAAAACAAAGGAUAUAGCAUUUCUGAGCUGCAGAUCCCCCUAGUUUGCAGUACCUUCGGAAUUCGUAGGUCCAACCUUUGUCCGUGUAUGUGUACACCUUCAAAAACUCCCGCUACGCCCAUGGUUAGAAGCUGGUAUACAAACAUAGUUUGCGUCAUAUAAUCCGGCUGGUAAAGGACUAAUUUUUGAGUGAGAUUGUCAGUAAACAACAACACCGGCAUGCUGACAUUUAUCACAGAGGCAACAUUAAGUUAAACGUUUGAUGAGAAUCUUAUUUCUACAUACGAAAACUCUUAUUUGCUGCAAAAAACACAAUGUUAUUUUUGAACUACACAGUGAAAAAAAAAAUUGUGAAAAUCAGAAAAAGAUUGACAGACAGUUGGUUAUGAGCAGGACGUCAUUGACGAUAAAACAUACCGAAAAAGGACCGAAGAAUACAGGAAGCGCUCCAACUUAGCUACAAAAAUCAGAAUUUUUUGCGGGACUAAACAAGAUUUUUCCAAGAAGGACGCGUCAUAGCUAAGUCGCAUCUUACUUCAAAUGAAACGUGUUAUUUGUACGGGAGGUUCACAUCCCACUUAAGAUACGUGCAGGGUUGUCUAAACCAGUGUCACUUUGAAACGUGGUAGGUGUCCCUCUUCGGGUCCAUCCUACAAAUCGGGAAAUCCCUCAGGUUAGGCAAGAAUUUGCUAACUAUUAAUCCUGUUUCACCCAUUUAUUCACUGCGUGAAUUGUUUUUUUUUUUGUUUUUUUGUUUUUUCUUAAUUUUUUCGCUUAUUUCGAGGAAAUACUUGUUGCUUCAUGAGGGUAGGCUUUAAAACAUUUUUUGAGCCAAAUCGUUUUUGCGUGAAUCUGCUUACCCGAACUUUUCCUCGAAAAACGACAAAUAUCCGACAAAUGUACGCGUUGUUGUUGGUGUUGGCAUAUUUCCGAUAAAUUCAGGUAAAUGUCUCGUGAAGAAGAGUUCAGAACUUGAUCAUAAAUUACCAGUGCCGCGCGCCAUGCCAGUCGUAAGUGUUGCCUGGAAAUACGAGGCCAAAAACAGGUGGUGAACGGUUAAUCCGUGAGAAGUAACGCAAUCUCCGUCGACCUUUGAGAGCAGUCAAAGAUUCUCUUGCCGAUGCUGCCCUUGAUGUUUUUUAGUUCCAAUAUCUAGGAAACCAAUGCUAAGGUAUGAAACGUACACUCAUAAGCAUUGUUCUGUUCGGUAAAAUCCAAUUCCUGGACGCAAAAAACGUUGUGAUUUUUAGAGUUUAUCUGGUUUGCAGUAUAGUGCUUUGCCCUUUGACAACCUUACAUGACUGGUGCACUUGGCAGGAGUUGACAGCUUAAAUCUGCCUUUCAUGUCAGCCAACGGUUUUAAAUUAUAUCAGAUCGCUGGAUAAACACGUCUUGGUUUCUGAAAGCUGAUAACAUUAAACCACUGUUGCUCAAACUGAUUUCUUAUAGUAUUUUUCUGAGUUUUUUGCACCGCCCCGCUGAGCGAGGAAAGCUUAAAUUUCAGAAAAGUACUACUUGUAUUUUUGGGCCUCAAAAAUUUUCUUUUAAGUUGCCCAUAGUUUUGAAAAUAGAUUUUGAAAGAAAAGAUAACGCUCUUUAACGUGGUAUAAGACUCUUUACUGAAACCGAGGUACCAGUCGACGAUUUUGGGCUUUGAAAUUUCCCAUUUUUUCAUCAAACGGAAACGUUCAAAAUAUUGAAAAUAAUGAAAAAUCUCUAAAAAUAUUACAUUUUCGUUGAAGCUGAGUAAAUCACCCCUUAAAAUGUGUAUAAUUAUGUACUUCUCUGAAUAAGUUAUUUGCUGUUCGCAUUAUGAUUGAUUUAAUUUUCUCAGGCCUGUAAAACCCAAUCCGAGAGCCUCGAAACAGAUAACCCCCCCGUGCGUCUAAAAUAAUUAUCGGAUCGAAGUAAAAAUUUUAUUAAUGUUAACAGCUUACCUAGAGCUACUUUGUGAAUUUUUUUGAGAGUUUGCGAUUUUCCACUUUUGCAGACCUCUGGUUGAUAUUUACUGACAUCCGCUCUUAAUGUCCUUAAUACCAUCAUUUCCACCCCACAGAUCAGAAGACACUGAGGGGUUUCUUAGUUGUAAAGCAAAACAUACCAGUGAAUAUUUGAGUUGGUUAGUGAGAAAAUUAUGAUUGGUAUGAAAAUUAUGUUGUUUGUCGAUUAAAGUAAUAAUUCAACUGCUUGUAGGAGUUAUGAGUGCUAGUGAAAAUGAUACUCACAACCACGGUAUUUGGUAUGGUUGACUUGUUAUUUGACAUUACUUCAAUAGCUCUUUUUUUUUUUAUGCUUCAGUUAGUCUAUUAAUAGAUCGCAAUUGAAAACGGCCACCACUGAUGGCAGCUAUUCUAUAGAAAUGUAAACAAAAAGAGAAAGAGCAAUCAAGGCUGUUCUUUGUACAUAGUCAGUAACUCAUAAGGGGUAUUUAGUCUAAUAAGCUCCUGAAGUCAAGGUAGUCAAAUCUAGCAACAGUUGUACAAGCAGCUGUGGCCGGCAGAAAUUAAGAUUGGGUUAAUUACUAAAACCUUCCCUUCGAAUCUAUUUGUGUUUUUAAUCAAAGAUUUAUAUUUUGCUUUUUCCGUCAUAUUGUCAGAUUGUCAUCUUUGGAUAUAAUGACUGAAUAAACAACGACAAAGAAAACUGUCUUCUUCCCUGUGGACUUAAAAAGCCGAUGGGUGGGGAGUUAUUUUGGCAUUAAAAGUCUGCUCGAUAACUAGCCUGAGUAUCAGGCCUUCCACUUUCCUAAGGGGGUAGGGGAGAGGAGAUUUCAGGUGGGGGAGGGGGAGGGGGAGAAGAGAAAGGAAGGCCUGACAAAAAACCAAUCAGCAAAUCGUGGGACACAUCCAAAAUCUGGAUGUGGCAGUGAUUGGAUAACACACAAUAACCCCUGACGUCACCGACCGCAAGUAAAUACGAGCAGAGCGAUCGGCAAGGAGAAGCUAUUGAAUUUUUGAUUUCGUGUGGUAAUUAUUUUUAUGGACAGAGACGCAGUGAGGAAUUCAAAAAGGCUCUAAAGGGCGCUCUCAAGUUCUUUCCUGGAAUAAAAAAAAAACCCGAGCAAGAAUUGUGUUCUCAAAGCCUCGUAGUUAAAAGGAAAGAUGUCCUCGGUGUAUGGAAAAGCCUCAUAUACCAGCUUCUGCCGAAACUAUGUCGUAGGACCGGGACAAAGAAGACAAUAUCAGUGCUUCAGAUAUCUAAGUUCUGAUUUACAACAUACUGCAGUUAAAAGGGUAUUUGUUACUGUAAAUAAAAUUAGAGCAAGGAAGCCAUGUAUUGAGAAUAGCCGACAGCACCAAGGCUUUAGCUUGACUGUUCUUGUGCCGGUUACGAUAGCGUAAGUGAUUGGAAUUUCGGUCGCUUCCUUUUCCAAAAUUUUUUCACUUUUGAAAUGUCUUAAGCUCAAGCGGAAAUCAUCAUAUUUCGCUUUCCCUCGGACGAUUCUCGGCCUUAUCAACAUCAGCUUUUUAGCUGCCAGACUCUCAGGAACCUGCGCCUGUUACGUUGUAAGUCUGUAAACAAAAGGAAUUUACAAUUUUCCGAGCGCACAUUUAUUUAUAAUUACAAACAGAGCGUUGGCGAUCUUACUCUAGCACAAUUCCUAAAACAUAUUAUAAUUCCUCAAAAACGGCAGGUUUUCUAUUACAAGUAUUCGAAAACUCCUCAUUGGAGGUUUCAGAAAAAAGCGAAAUCGUAGCAACACAAGUACCGGAGUUCGGCCAGACCGUAAGGUGAGAUUUAUUUUAGGCGAGCUUUUUGACACGUGAAGCUGACAACCCAAUGACCGGAAGUGAUUUUGAUUGGAUGACAUCGAAUCAUGCUGUGUAGGGGUGGAAGGUUCCAGUAAAAGCAUCUGUGUCAGGCUUUUCUCUCCUUCAGUUCUCUCCCUUUUUCGCUUAUCCAUCUUUCCCCUUUUCCCCCAGAAACGCCUGAUACUCAGGCUACUCGAUAUCACGCUAGAAAAGCUUACGCGCAGCCUCUUAGGCUUAAACUAUCAAGAGUUACCAAGAUUUCUACGAUUUGGAGGUAAGAGUAGAUAUCUUUGACCCAAAGGCAAGUUAAUGUGCAUAACCUAUGCUACAUCAGAUUACAGGGAAGCAGAAACUUCAUAUUUAAGUUACAACGAAUGCGAAGCCACUGAGUUCAAACAAGGAAGUGAACUCUAUUUUUCGUAUUUACGCUUCCAAUAUGAGCAUACCAUGGCUAAACAAGAAACAAUCGUGCAAAUCUUUUUAGGCUGAACUUGCUUACUAGUUCGCAACACUGAAUGGUUAGAUUUGUUGCGAUAAGCGUUUCUAGUUCCUGACCAUAGAACUGCGACAGUCUUGUCGUAUUGAGUUUAUGGUUUAAGGCCAAACUCUAUACUAGAAACUAUUAAAUCGUAGACAACCGGCCUCAAAUGAUUUGACAUAGAGGAUUUAUGCUACGAUCAAUUUUCCAAGUUUCUUAGUGAGUUACUAUUUCAUUUUUGAAAAAUCCUGGAUUUAGGAAUGAGUAAGCAAUAUUGUUAUCAAGGCCGAGCAGGCAUUGUUAAACAAAGUUAAUGUGGUGUGCGCUGGUAACAUAUUUCGUAUAGCUCUUUCGCGACGUUACCAACAUGCAUGAGUAAAUUGCUGCGCGACAACUAGCGACUAUUAAAUGUUUUGUCCGGAUAAAAUUAGCCCAUUAACGAAUAUACCAUUCUGAUACUAAUCUUUCCUAAAUCAACCCUAGAUUAAAAAAUUCAAUAUUCCGCUUCAGAAAGAUAUCUUUUUCAGCUUUGGUUAGCGUGGCCUGCUGCUGUCGUAUUAUAUUAUGACUAUGAGCAUAGUCAUUUUUGCAUAACCCCCUCUUUAACUUGAAUGCAGUUGGAGGUUUCUAUUUGAGAAUUUGCGGCCACACGUUUCUUUAUUACACCAUUCCAGUUCUUUAAAUUAUCAAAACAUCAAUAAUUAAGUACCUCGUUAACACACCUAACUGGCAAGUUUCAGGUUAUUAAAAUGCAAUUGUUAAAAUGUUAAUAUUUUUCUAAUUAUUAAAAUCACAUUAAGAUUCAGGGGUGAAUAAUUACUGUCUUUUGUUUUUUUUUUCCUGAUCAGCCUUGGAGCCCAGUAUGAAUUUUGAUAAUUCGAAACUAGCUAGUUAGCUGCCCCACGUACUCUUAUUACAUAUAUUAAGAGCGCCGGUCAGGAAAAAUCGACCAAAAUCUUAAUUUCGUGGCAAGAGUUGCAAAAUCAAUUUGUUUCAUUUUUUGCUCAUAGAUAGCUUUUAGGUAGACAAGAAACCUAAAGUAGAUUGUUCCUAGAAGGUGGGAUUUCGAUGUCGGAGUCUCAGACUGCCCUAAUUUUUAACCUGAAAUUCACUAACAUUAACUUCCUCGCGUUCGCAAACGAAGCCGCAUGGAGAAAUUUGGACUCUUUCCAUGAACAGAAAAAUUCUUUUUCUUCCACUAAAAGAUACUUUCAGGGCAAUAGCGAAGCUCGUCGUACUGAAAUAAUUCAAAAAUGAGGGAUAGGUUUUCAGGAUAACAAAAACUUAAGUUCGUUACUCAUUUUCGACGGCAAUAUUUAACAUGUGGUAUAACUCCAAAUUCUCUUAAUGCUAUUUAAAUCACACAUUUAGACAUUCAUUUAAAACAUACCUGGGAAUUGGCUUGGGUUAUUGAAUGUAAUCUCCGUAAGACACCAUUGAAGUUCAGGAAUUUUCAUGGUAGGCCGGCGGUAAUUGUGUGAACACUUCGAAUCUCGAAACGCACAAAAGUAGAUAUUUACAGCCUAAGGCUCGUUUUUUUGUACUUCUUGUAGCUUUUCCCUUUGCAAAAUUUCUUUUUCCAAUCAAAGAGUGGGGUGAAAAGGUGAAACUGGGUCAAUUUUAGCCAUUUUGAAACGCUGAACCCUACCAGACGGCGACUGUACGUGACAAUUUGUUCCGUGACUGCACGUGACGUAACGUAACGUACGUUUGAAGAGACGAAGCCGUUAAAAUGAAAGUCACCGAAUCGAUAGAUAGAUAGAUAGAUAGAUAGAUAGAUAGAUAGAUAGAUAGAUAGAUAGAUAGAUAGAUAGAUAGAUAGAUAGUUUAUUAAUAACCGAUUUGCAACUAAAAGUUGAAUUAUACGAUUAUUUACAAAAAAUUGAAUAUUGAUUAUUACAUCAAAAAGACUACAAGUGAUUUAAAACAGCUAACAAGGACACUAUAUAUAUGUGCUAAAAAUAUAUAUAUAUAUAUAGAAGAGGUUUAAAAAAUGUACUAAAACUGUUCAAGCCUUAAGGGCGUUAAAGGUAAUAAAACUACUACGAAACGUGUUCGUCUUAAAAGCUGGCUUAAAGGAACAGUAUCCCGUUACUGCGCAUGCACCAAACUUUGAUUUUUGGACAGGAUGUCGCGAAAUCAAAAGAUGCGAGGAGAGUAAGAAAAUCUUGAAAAAUCCGUUUGCAUCGCACUUGGCCGAGUUCAAUACGACACUAAAACUUCUCAGGAUUAUAGAUCAAUGAUAUAUUGUUCCUGUUAAGUUUCGAUUUCGGCAAAAUCUGGAUUUUUUGGCGUUACCAAAAGGAGGACCAAAAGAUUGGAAACACUUUGAUGCCGAUUUCCGACCGAUUGAAGGCCUAUUUCUUCUGCUAGCUUCCAUACAAGCUCAGAUGAUUGUAAAAGGAAUACGCAGAAAUGAAACAGCAACAAUAAAGACUGUAAGAAAGAAACCGUUGAGACAUUGAUGUGACUGAGGAGAUCUUGUGGAGGGGAGCUUCGUGAAGCAGAAUGUUUUGCAACGACGCGUUAGUAAACUUUUAAAUGAAUCUCCCUACGGCCGACAAAAUCGAACAAACAGACGCUACACGUUUUGAAAAACUAGUGACGUGAAUCAUAAUAUCAUUUUUGACUAACCUUUGUGAUGAUUCAUAGCGUUGAGAUUGCAUUUUUAUUUAUGUCUUUCAAACGUUUGAGGCUAGAACGCGAGCAAAUCAGGCAGAUAUUACUGGACUUGGAGCGAUUGACCUCUGACACGAGUUUCAAAUUAGAAAAUAUGUUUUUAAAGCGAGCGGAACGAGAUUUUCGGUCGCGAGGCGGCCCAGCUAGCGAUAAAAUCGCGAUGAGUCUUCGAACCGCGAGCCAAAUUUUUAUAUAAGACGAAAGACGUCUUCGAAAGUCUAAAAUAUUACUUGAGAAUAUAAACAACAAAUCUCUGUCGGCGAUGCGGUCCGGAAGGAAAUCUUGUCGAGUCAAUUUGACAGUUCUAUUGUCUUUUGAAGAAAAAACAGAUGACGCUCGCGCGUGCGCAUAAUCGGGACACUGUCCCUUUAAACUUCCGUAUAUUUCUUAGGUUAAAGGUACAUGUGUUGCGAGCAGGAAGAAGUUCACGGAGCUUGUUCUGUUCGUUGUGUAAAAUAUUCUUAAAUAGUUUAUCAACUAGUUCUUGGCGGCGGUCUGAAAGUUUAGUUAGGCCUGAUUCAACCAAGGCCUCAUUAUAUGAGCAAAGAGGAAAAAUAAUCCGCAUAGCCCGCUUUUGUACUCCUUCAAGUUCGUUGGAGAGGUAGGCCGUCAUGAAAGACAGGACACGCGUACUCUGUGAUCGGACGAAUACAAGUGCGGAAAAACUGGACUAACUCACGGGUACCAAGACCAGACAGUUUAAGCUGAGUUAAGCUAUACAAGCGCUUUUUAGCUUUCUUAAUAAUGGAGUCAAUGUGACAAUUCCAUUUCAAAUCAUUGGAGAUGUUAAGGCCUAGUAAUUUGGCACUAGUAACUAAAUCAAUAGGCAUGCCAUUAACAACAACUGGAUCGAAAGAAGUAGGGUUGUUAGUGUUAAAGUUUAUAAGCAAUUCUUUGCAUUUCGUCUCGUUUAGUUGAAACUUAUCCUCGGUCGCACGGCUUGCUAAGGUGUCAACAGCAGCUUGAAUGUGACUGUCUUGGUUCUUGCUUAUCGUCUCCGAAAUAGUGGUAUCAUCGACAUACUUCCAGAGAUCAGUGCCAGGAACAUCCAGCUCGUUGAUCAUGAUGAUAAACAGCCACGGCCCUAGUUUUGUACUUUGAGGAGCGCCCGCUGGGACCGCGCGCCAUCCUGAAAAGCAGUCGUGGCCGAGUUUAACACGCUGUUUGCGUGAGGUGAGAAAGUCGGUCAUCCAUGAGAUGACAGCUUCAGGGAUGUUAUAUGUACCCAGCUUCCUGACCAAAAUCCGGUGGUCGAUGAGGUCAAAAGCUUUUUAAAAAUCAAAGGGAGUCACCCUCACAGACGCCCCGUUACCGUCAGUAGCACUGCACGAGGCAUGAGUCAUACUAAUUAGGGCUUCGGUGGUACUUGAACCGGGAACAGUGCCAAACUGCCGAGGGUCGACCUUAGCGAGUACAGCUGGUUUAACAUAGCGAUCAACCACAAAGUCCUCAGCCAACUUGGAAAGGACAGGUGUAAGUGAAAGUGGUCUCAAGUGUUUGUUAACGUCAUAAACAGGGGUCUGCUGAGGAACAGGGGUAACGUUGGCGAGCUUCCAGGACUGGGGCAGACGAGCCUCCAAGUAUGAACAAUUAAGAAUAUCAGUAACCACUGGAGCUAAUAAGUCCGCGUUCUCUUUCAAAAGCCAGGCGGGCACGCCGUCAGGCCCAGAAGCUUUGGCAGGAUUAAGGGCGAUGAGCUCCUUUAGGACACAGAACUCAGCAACCGUUGGCGUGCCGGUGUAUUGCGCGGCAACCGAAAUUCCAGGAUCCAAUGGAGUAAAAGAGUUCAUUGGUGCAAGAAAAGCAUUGUUAAUGACGUUAGCAAGGGCCUUACGACUAAAAUCAUGCCCUGAGUCAAUAUGCUUCAAGACAGAGGUCGGAUCUGUGCGCGUAGCUGAUUGCAUCCCGCCAAGUGACUUAACUUCUUUCCACCACCUACUCGGUUCACAGUCCCUCAGAUGUUUGACUUUGGACUCAUAGUAUUUAGCACGACAAGACUUCCGUAAGCGAUUAACACGGUUCCGAAGGCGGCGGAAGCGAUCUUUAUCGCCACGAGCAAGGGCUAUUUGGCGAUCGUGAAUUAAGGAUUUCAGUUGUUUGCUAAUCCAUGGUGGUUCGUUGGCAGUGAUUAUCUUGGAUUUAAGGGGAAGUACACAAUCCAAGCCCGUCUUGAUUAUGGUUUCAAGCGGGAGUGUUUUCUCUUCACAUGACUCUUUGCAUCCUACCAGACGACCAAGGUCGACUUCGUCGAGGUAAGUCCGCAUGGCCAGACGAUUUGUUGUCUGCAAGUCUCUGGAUUUCAGCAGGAUUUUAUUUCUCGGGCCAUCCCGUCUAGCCAGAGGCUGUACUUCCACAGUAUCGUGAUCGGAGAGCCCAAAAGGAGGCAACUUUUUAGGCAUAUCGUAAAAGGCGCUGAGAUUGGAAUCAAGGUAGUAACGCAAUGCAAUUCUUGAAAGAGUAACAUUUUCGAUCCCGACAGUAUUUUGAAGACGAAAAAGUCAAACGCGCUUUUUCUGUUGCUCACUUUUUAUUGAAAAAUAUCGACUUUAGCAAUGGUAAUUCGCUAAAGAUGACGGAACAGGAAGAUAUUUUGUCUUCUUACUUUACGAUCGAGGAAAAUUGCAGCCGUUAAAUAAGUUAUUUUGGUCACGCUUCACUAUUUUUACCGGUGAGUUUGAUGCUUUCGUUUGGAGGCUGCCUAAAGGAACCCAAGCCAAUUCUCAGGUAUGCUUUAGAUGAAUGUCUAAAUGUGUGAAUAAACGAGGACCGGGAAAAUUUGGAGCUAUACCACGUGAAGAAAAAUACCGCAGAAAACAACUACUAAAUUAAAGUUUUUGUCACCGUAAGAACUUGUUCUUCGUUUCUGAAUUAUGUUAGUUCAACGAGUCUUGAUUUGAAAGUAUCUUCUAGUGAAAGAAGAAUAGUUGUUCUAUUGUUGGAAAGUGUCCAAAUUUCUCCUUGCGGCUUUAUUUGCGAACGCGAGGAGAGUUGAUGUUAGCAAAUUUCCGGUUGAAAAUACGGCCAUUUUGAAACUCCGACCACGAAAACUGAUAUUCUUACUUUUCUCGAAAAUAGAAGGCUUUUUGCGAGAACAACUUACAUCAGAUUACUUAUCUACCUAAGAGCUAUUUAUGGACAAAAACUGAAGGCAAUCGAUCUUUCAACUCUUGCCACUCGAUGGUCGAUAUUUCCUGACCGUCGCUCUUAAGACCUUUUAAGUCUAACCACCCAAAAUGCGAAUUCUCUCCUUCGCAUAGGCACCCGCUGGGUUUGCCAAUAAAGAUAGCAAUAAUCGAAAAAUACUAACGCGCGCCCUACCCCUAACCCUAACCCAAAGCCUCUCUUCUCUCUUUCCCCUUCGCAUCGUUCUCCGAACGUUUUUUCUCUCUUUCUUUCUACCCAGCUUCCCUGCAACACAAGCGGUUUUGUACCACGUGAAUGGAAAGCUGCAAAGGGCCUAUUCUGUUUUAAACCUGAUUUCAAGUUUCCAUAAAAUUUCCGCGACAACAACUUCUCAUUUAUGUGAAAAUGAAAUGAUUAGCAUGUCACAAGCGUGCGGCAAAGAAAAAAUCUGAGUCCCCGAUAGGAUUCGAACCUGUGUCUUCUCAAACACCCGGCGGGCGCUCUGUCCUCUAAGCUAGGGAGAACUCGUGGAAAGCGAGGUCAUAUACUAGGUUCAUAUUUGACACGCGUCCUGCAUACUGCUAGGAUCAGCAAUGUCGAGAUCGUAUUGUAUAUGUAUGAUGAAAGAAUGAAAGAUGGUGGAUUUAAAGCUCGGUGAGACAAAUGUCAAGAUGAAAUAAUAAGCGUGUCACGAGCGUGGGGCAAAGAAAAAAUCUGAGUCUUCCCAGACAGGAUUCGAACCUAUGACCUUUCAAACACCGGGCGGGCGCUCUAUCCACUUGAGCUUAGGAGAACUCAUGGAGAGCCUGGCCAAUAGACCUUUUUACCGAUACGGCGGCCAUAUUGAAUUAAUUCGAUUUAAGGAGUAUUAUAGGAUGCCCAGGGGAAUGAGCACAUUUCGUUUGUAUUUUCGAGCGCUUUUCGGGACAUUUUUUCAUAAAGUUUUCUUAGAAUAAGAUUGUAAUGGGAAAAAUGAUCCUUGUAUCGUGUUUGAAUGUAAUAAUGCUCGCCUUUUUCCCGAGAAAUAUACAGUGAAAGGCCAUAUUUCUAAUACUAAACUUGAAAAAGGCGAUCAUUAUUACAUCCAAACACGGCACAAGGAUCUUUUUUCCCAUUACAAUCUUAUUCUAGGAAAACUUUAAGAAAAAAUGCGCCGGAAAGCGCCCGAAAAUACAAACGAAAUGUGCUCAUUCCCCCUGGGUAUCCUAUAAUACUCCUUAAAUCGAAUUAAUUCAAUAUGGCCGCCGUAUCGGUAAAAAAGGUCUAUUAUACUAGGUUCAUAUUUGACACGCGUCCUGCAUAUUGUAUGGCAUAACUUCUAAUUUAGUUACAGCUCAAAUAUUGGAACCAUAUCUUGAAUAAAUUCUAAUUUGUCUUUUGUAUUAUUGAAUUGUUCUCUACUCAGGUAUGGGUAAAAAGCAAUGGGCUCGUGGUUUGUUCCCAUUCUUAAGUAAGUCAUGAGCAAUCGAAGGUGAAAUGCUGAAAGUUCAGGAACACCCAACGACGGUUUCCUCCCAAAAACAUUUAAAACACUUUUUAGGCUAUCCAGAGUACUUUAAGAACGCUAUAGAAAUGCAUUCUGAGAGACGCUAUGAAUCUACCUGGUCAUUCUAAGGCAAUCUGAGUCUUCUCGAAAUUACAAGGACUUCAGGGUUCCAGUUUCCAGAAAACUUUAGAUGCAGUUUAAGGAUUUACUAAAGUGAAGUGGUUCCUCUCUUCAUCACUUUUAAAAUCCGAAAAUUUUAGGUUUCCUAAGUUAACCUGGGGAGUUGAAUGCGAAAAAUUAAUUUCAGAAAAUCGUUGGGGAUUUACUAGAUAAGCUUCGAAAAUUGUACGUUAAUGGAACGGUCAUCUAGAAAUUUUUAGUCGUCUUCAAGCUAUAGAAAAGUCCAGACAAUUUUGGCUUUUCAAAACAGAUAUUUUACAGAAAACAGUCGUUUGGUGCUCUAAGACAAGACAAGACUAAAAGACAGAAUUGACGACAACGUAGAUUUACCAAAGCUAGUACCGUAGAAAUUGUCUUUCUUUUAUAGGGUCUAAUAACAGUUGUAAAGAUAGUGAAUUAAAAAUCAGUCUCAAUUUUUUGUAUAUUUCAACUCGCACAGAAAGUUUUUGUUCAUGUUUAAGUGACUCUACUUUUACAGACAACAGUUUUCGUGUACAGUCAACUACUCUCAAGACGGACACCAGUCAGUGGUGGGCCCAGAGGAGGGGCCCCUCCCGCUUACUUUUAGACCAAAACUGAGGCCCGAAGGUCCGAAAAAAAAAAUUUUGUUGAGUCCGCGCUUCUCCCUUAUCUCAGGGUCUGGAUGACCGCCCCCCUCCCUUAUCUGAAAGUCUGGAUCCGCCACUGCACCUACAUACAAACGGUAUCAAAAAUUACGUGUAUUGUCUUUGAUAACAGCUGCAUUUGUGUUGAUGACGUCUGCCUCAGUGUUAUCAUCAGAUUAUACAAACAGCCAGUCGGCGGGUGUUUUGGAUGCAGCAGUGAAUUCAAAUGUGGCAAGCAGAAAUACAGCCGCUGUACCUUCAUCGUCUUCUCUGUUGAUGUCAUCCUCAAAAGAUUUUCAUUCAAGUACUUUGACCAUAAGUAGUUCGCCAUUUGAGGUACUGAGCGCUAGCAUGGAAAACAAGCAAACUAUAACCCCCUUAACGUUGGUCUCAUCUGUGUUGGUGACGUCAUCAGUUUUUGUGUCAACAUCAGUUAUUCCUUCAAGUGCUCUAUCCAGAAGUGCUUCAUCAUCUGUCCCCACAAUGAGUUCGAAUCUGAUGACAGAACAAGGUACAUCCGCAGUGACCUCAGUGUCUUCCUUGCUUUUGUCAUCAUCAACUAUUUCUGUAAGCAGCUUGCAACAAAGCCAUUUGUCAUCUUUUGUGGUGAGCACUACUCUGGCAAUAGAUAAAAGCACGCCUGAAACACCCUCACCGUCUUCUAUGCUACUUGUAUCUUCAACAGUGGUGUCGCAACAGUCAGGUACGUUAUUUUCAGAUGAUCUCUUCGAGAUACAACGAACAUUACAGUCAAACCACCACGUGCGAUAUCUCUAUUGUAAACGACAUAGUCCUCUAAGCGACCAUGUAUGCAAACUACCAAAAUUUUCUUAGUCAGAACCCUAUAAAUAGAAGCUCUCGAAAACGACUAUCUCUUAUAAACGACAGCGACCACCUUUUGGCUUCAUGGUUUAAUAGUUUUCCGUUGUUUUUGACCCCCUAAAAGCGACCACUUGACGCUCGACCACUCAAUGUUCGCUGUAUUUACCAUGCCACUCAGAGUAUAUGAAGAAAUUCCAUUAACAACAUGGAAAAACACAUAUAAGUAACUUAAAUUUUGCAUGCAAUAGACUUUAUUCACGUUGACCGCUAUCUUUGCCCGCGCUUAAGGACUAAUGGGAUAAAAAGCGAUGUCACGUGGUUUCUCGGGGGGGAAACAAGAGAUAAAUUUUUCCAAUACAAGAAAUCGCAGUGAAGUUUGUUUAUUUUUGACGACAAGAUGAAUAACUUUUUAUAUUAAAGGCGAUGACGGCAAAUCAUGGGUGGAAGUGAUCAUUGUUACUUUUUUUAAUGCAGUAGCGAACGAAGAUGUCCUCGUAGCAAGCAAUAAUGACAUUAAUUUUUUCGAAACUCAAACCGUACAUUUUGCAUGACUAUUAAAUCGUUGUUUCGUUUUGAGAGAAUAAACAAAGCGGACCUCGAUUUCUCGCAAUGGCAAAUUUUAUCGUUUGUUUGCCCCGUGAAAUACCACGUGAUAUUUGCUUUUAUCCCAUCAAUCCUAAAGCGCGUGCAAAGAUGGCGGGUAUCGUGAAUAAGUGCAAACAUUAACCACAAAGGACUGCAAAGGACCGCAAACGAAUAUGCCGGAGAACGUAGGAUCUAUAAAGACCUGAUCAGCAAAAAUGAAAAGUACACUUAUUAAAUUCUGGAAGCAGAAUACUGCAGUGCUGAUCGUACUACGUGAAAAUUAACUCUGCAAGACACCAACACGACACCGAAAGGAUUCAAAACAGAGCGGGAUUGUAGCCAUAGACAGCUGUUUCACCCUAUUUGGGGCUCGUCAGUAUGGCGUAACAACCAGAAAAAGCUCUGGUGAAAAAUAUCCGCGCACUCUGAUUUAAGCUCUGACCGAGAGCUCUCAACACCCACAGUAUCACGCCAUACCACGUGUCUUCUGGGGGGCAAGAGUCCAAGUGUCAAGUUGAUGUCUCGCAGAGAAAAUAAAGAGUUGGCUGAUAAGGCUGAUUUUUUUUCUGGUGUUAUUUCUUCAGGCAACCGAGCCAGAUUUUACGUCGUCUGAAUCUGAAAGAAUAGAAUGCUUAACAGCAAUGAGGGAUCUCAAUGCAUUUGAGCUUUUGAAGGAGAAAAUUUCUGGGGACGAGGUUUAGAUGCAAACUUCGUUGGCACCGGACAAAUCGAGGACAAAUUUUCGACCGGUUGAAUAUUCGUGCGUUUAGGAUAUCUGUUAACAGAACAGUUCAAAAUUUUGAACGUCGAAACCGAGGUCAGUUUUUAGCCGGACUAUGCCCAAAAUUUGAGCAGCGCGAUCUGAACACCAUAACCGUCUAAAUUUUUGUACAGAGGAAUUUGACCAUCCCUGUGUGAACACCAUAAGCGUCUAAAUUUUUGUUGGGCAAGCGUGUGGUGGAAAGAUUCAAGCUGCUUCGUCAGUUCCAUGUGAACAGAGCAGAAAUACUGAACGGUCCUGUGUGAACAAAGUGUCAGGUCAAAUUGGUUAUCACCUCAAAUAGGGUCACCAAAUAACGUAAACUACUUCAUGGCUUCUUAAAGACACCUUUUUUCAAAUAUAUGCGUUUAAAAGUUAGCUGAUGGUGAGGUUUUCUGUUCGCAGCUUGUAUUUCCGGCGAAAAUCUUAAUGGUUUCAGUGGAUUCUUUUCAAGUCCAAAUUUUCCAAAUAACUUCCCUCAGUACAGCAGAUGUGUCUGGAAGAUCACAGUUCCCAGCGGGUACUUUAUAAAACUCAGCUUCCUCAGCUUUCAACUGGGACUAACUCGGUACAGUCAAUGUUAUUCCUGGAAUGCUCCCGAAGCCAAUGUUACAGUCACAAACGUUGCUUCAGAUGAUUGGUAUCAGCCGUUCAUUCUGUGCGGUCGGCAUCUUCCUGAUCCAGUGUACUCAGUGGGGAAUUCAAUACAAGUUAUAUUCACGUCUCUGAUCAGUCAAUAUCCAGGGUUUAAUGCAACUUACACGGCUAUCACUUAUAAUUCAGGUACGUGGUAUACAUUAUUUAUAAGACAUCAAUGGUCGAGAUAAGAUUUAAAAAAACAUUACCAACAACAACUCGCUCCAUAUAAGGUAAUUCGAGAAGGUCAUGGAUUCUGGAUUUUACGCCGUGAAUUCUGGAUUCCAGGUACUGGAUUCCGGUUGUCAGUGGCACUUAGAUUCCGGAUUCCAAUCAUAAGUAGGAUUCCGGAUUCCUCGAGUAAAAUCCCAUGUUCCAAAUCCCAGGAUUCCGCAUUCCACAACCAAAUUGUUUUACAAUUCCGGUAUCCGAAUUACCUUACAUGGGGGGAAACGACAGUCAUAAACAAACAAGAAAUACGGGAUAGCAUAAACUCAUUCUGGAAAAAAAGUAUUGUAGUACUAUUCGUAAUCGAUGGCUGGAAGCAGGAUGUUUUAUCACCGAUUUGUUAGUACUAAGCAGUAUUACAUGUAAUUGUGUAUUCUGUAUUUUAUUCAGUUGAGUGGCAAGAACGACAACAAUAUCUAUCAUAGUAUUUCAUUGAUACGACAGUAAAGAAGUGCUCUUGAAAAUAUUGAUGGAUGAGGGGGGAAGGGGAAGAUCUGCUUUACCAAGAUAUAAGACGUUAAAAAGAAAAAAGAAAUGUUUGGAAUAUUUUAUAUAUCUGACUGGAUUUGCAAAAACAUGGCAAGAAAUCUCACUCAUAUUAUACCUUCUGACAGAGUCUUAACUUUCAUAGUUACUUUUAAUUUAUUUAAUUUGUACCGAAUAUUUACUGAAUACGCUGCAGUAGAUAGACUGACGAGUUUCACACUGGCCAUUAACCUACCUGAGACGGAAAGAUUGGAUAUUGCGAGCUUUGUUGUCGGCAGUAACAAGUCUUUGGCCUCACACGUAGGUUAUGGCGGGGAAAUCGGCGAGAUGGAAUUGAAAUUUGAUUUGAUUUCUGACCAACGAGAGUUUUACGGAGUAAUUUGACGAUGUUUCGCCCGCGUUAAGUGUGGAAGUAUUAUGAGUGGUUUUCGGAAGUGUUGGGAUUGCCGCUAAAGUCAUUCAUUGUGUGAUUUACCGAGAGUGUUGAUAGACGAACCUCAGGUAUGUGGCUGAGCUGAGUUCGUGUUACCAGUAAACUUUGUGCCAAGCAUAAAAACGCUUCAUGAGAGUUUAGUGUAGGUGACUUUGUCUUAGAAAACCUAUUCUGUGCUCAAAGAUUGUGGAUUUUCAAUCUAGUGUUUUCGGCAAAGACUUACAUGUAGCUAUGGGGCAUCGUACUUUUCACUGUUUUCCAUUCCACUAAGAUGUCAAAUUUUCCAAAUGCAGUUGAAAUUUCUUUAGCCACGUUUUAGCAAAUUCAGUUAGAUACACAUACUACAAGAGAUAUGUGUAAUAUUCUUUUACAGUCUGUCCAAAUAUGACAACCUUGAAUGAGAUUUCAGGAACCAUCACCAGUCCUUUCUACCCCAGACGCGGUUAUUUGGAUAACCAGAGCUGCAGCUGGGAAAUCAGGGCCAGAAAAGGAAAACGAAUCUUAUUUACUAUUGAAAACAUGGAUAUUUAUUGGCCCUACGGUGGAGGAUUGUCUUGCUUGUGUAGUUAUUUGGAAGUUCAAGGUGGAUCUAUUUCAGGCUAUGAUGGUCCCAAAUGGCGUCUAUGUUCCUUUCUUUUAACAGCCAACGCAACGUAUGAUUGGCUUAAAGAAAGAAUUAAAGUACUAUUUGUCUCCGACAGUAGUAGAGGAGGGAACCGUAGAUUUAAAAUAUCAUAUACUCAAGUAAACUUCAGUUUAUCCGGUAAGUAAAAUAUUGCUUAUUUCCUGUUGUAAAAGAAACGAUGACAAAACCUUAACGCCUAGCUAGGGAUACAUCUGACACUUAGGACUGAGAUACCGACAAAUUUUCUUUUUUGUUUUUGCUUUUGUUCGUUUGUUUGCUUUUAACAUUUGGGCAAUUAUCUUAUCACCUAGGCGGAGCAAACACUCUAUUUUCUCUGUGCUAUAUUGUUUUGGUCGAUGACUAGUGAACGUAGACCGCCAUGGUUGCCUAAAGAACUGAGUGUCAUGCGUUUCUGGAGGAGAACGGGGAAGAGCAGCGAAGGGGGAAAGUGCCUCGUUCCUUAAAAUCUCCUCUCUCCAAUAUUUUUAUGAAAUGUCUAUUACUAAGGAUACAUCACUGUGUUACUUGUAAUCCUCCAUUAGGAUGUUCCAAUUACACAACCCUCAACGAGUCCAACAGAGCAAUCACAUAUAACAGAAGUAUUUCUUACCCAUGCGAUGCAAAUCUUAAUGGAUGGUUCAGAUUCACUGGAGAGGCUGGAACGCAAAUGGCUGACUCUUGUGUCAACAUGUAUCAUUGCGGGACCGAGUCGCCUGGAUGGCUAAACGGAACUCAUCCCGACUUAAAUGAUGGGGCCGUUAAACGCCAAGUGUGUUUUAGCUCGUUUGACAACUGUUGCCAUCAUUCAAAUGAAAUAACUGUACAACAUUGUGGAGCAUUUUACGUUUACAAACUUGAACGACAAUCCCAUUGCAAUCUGCGUUACUGUGGAAACGGAUCGCCAUAUGCACAAGGUAUUAGCACGAAACAAAAAACAACAACAACAAUCGUAUUUUGUCAUUGCUUGUCAGGCGUAUUUUCAUGCGUUUUUCCAUAUGAUGAAUUUUCAAAAUUCAUGCCUUGUUUUCCGAUGAAAUUGCAUUUUCCAGCAAAAUAAGAAUUAUUUUUCGAACACUAAGCAGUUUUUAAGAAAAUGAUAUAGAAACAACUAUGGCCCAUAUAGUAGUAUACUAACCGAUACUGAACAAGUAGACAAGAAUUGCUAACAGAUUGUACUACACGGAGUUGUCUUUUCUUUCAUAGAAUGUUACAAUUACAAAGUUCUUAACGAGGCCAGCAGAUCCAAAACAUGUGAUGGAUCUUAUCAUCAAUGUGAUAGUAUGCUGUCGAUCGACUGGUACAGAUUUAGUGGAGCAGCUGGAAAUCAAAUAGCAGAGUCUUGUGUUGAUAUGUUUCGUUGUGGUACAUCUAGUCCAGGCUGGCUCAAUGGAAGUCACCCCACAGUAAACGAGGGAGCUGUCCAAAGAAGAGCGUGUUUUAGGUAUGACAGCGACUGUUGCUUUUCUUCGAUUUACAUCAGAGUCCGUAACUGUGGAGGCUUCUACGUUUACCAACUAAAGCCGUUAACUUACUGUUACUCACGUUACUGUGGCAACGGAUGUGGAUCAUCGACACCAACGACACUAGGUACACUUUUCCUUCUUUUUUUGUUUUGUUUUGUUUUGUUUUUUUUUUCAUCC